CUUUGUAUAUCAUCAAACAUUAGGACCUUGAUUCGGUACACAUCAAUCAAAAUCCAUUCAAGAUGCUGUUCAUCAAAACACUCUUCGUGUUAGCUCUCUUUGCGACAUUUCAAGGAUGUCAUCCAGACGCAAACCAGUUCAGGGAUGUCAAGACCUUAACUUCUGGCCCAUCAUCGUCUAUUCUUUUUCAAGUCACUGGAAAUAUAUAUCCGGACGGGUACUAUUAUGUGACAGUGAACCUGGGAAAUCCACCAAAACCUUAUGAGUUUGACAUUGACACUGGCAGCCAUCUCACUUGGGUUCAGUGCGAUGCACCUUGCCAGCAAUGCCUCCGUGCUCCCAACUCGCCUUAUAAACCUGCUACUGGAACACUUGUGGCAUGCGAGGAUCCAUUGUGUGCAGAAGUUCAAUGGCCAAAAAUACCUCAAUGCGGGUCUCCAGACGAGCAGUGUGACUACUAUCUAAAAUAUGUGGAUGGUGGAUCGUCUCUUGGUAUAGUGAUAAAAGACCCAUUUUCCUUGCAAUACACCAAUGGAACUGUAACCAACCCGCAUCUUGCAUUUGGGUGUGGUUACCAUCAGUCACAUCCAAACCCAACGACCCGACCUUACGUUGAUGGGAUUCUUGGUCUAGGCAUGGGCAAAGAAAGCAUUGUAAGCCAACUGCAAGAGCUUGGUAUAGUAAAAAAUGUAGUGGCUCAUUGUCUUAGUUCUCAAGGAAAUGGAUACCUGUUUUUCGGGGAUGAGUUAGUCCCCCCAACUGUUGUCUGGACACCCAUGGUGACUUCAGCUGAUUUAGCGAAACGAUAUUUCUUGGGAGUUGCCGAGCUCUAUGUUGCUGGAUUAACAACUGGGAAGAAAGAUCUCCGUAUAGUGUUUGAUAGUGCAACUACCUAUACUUUCUUGAUUCCUGAAGCUCAUAAAGCUCUAGUUUCUAUGCUUGUGGAAGACAUAAGAGACAAUUUCCAUCCGAUUUAUACUGUAUAUGAUGAAGAGUUCACAACCUCAGUAUGCUGGAAAGGCUCGACACGACUCCAUUCCAUUGAUGAAGUCAAACACUUUUUUAAGCCGAUAGUGUUGAGUUUUGAAAAUGCACAGAAUUCAUGGUUUGAGAUGGACCCUGAAGCAUAUCUAGUCAUUUCUAAACAGGGAAAUGCUUGCCUUGGGAUCUUUAAUAGUGAGGAAAUGGGUGCCCCUACUAUUAAUCUGAUUGGAGAUAUAUCAUUUCUUGACAAAUUGGUUGUUUAUGACAAUGAAAAUCAAAGGAUCGGAUGGACUACUUCAGAUUGCAACAACCUCCCAAUUGUAUAA